GGCACAACCCGAAGAGUGAAAUGCCCCAGGGCAGUCUUUCUGGGGCGCACAAAGGCGCAGGCGCAGCGUGUUGGGUGGCAAGCAGGAUCAAGUAGCAGCCGCUUUGGCAGCAGCAUCCGCAACAGGUGUAGACAGGUCCCGCCUGACUCCACCCUGGAAAGUCCUUUUGAAGAAAUGGCCCUGGUGAGGGGCGGCUGGCUAUGGAGACAGAGCUCCAUUCUCCGCCGCUGGAAGCGGAACUGGUUCGCCCUGUGGCUGGAUGGGACACUGGGCUACUAUCAUGAUGAGACAGCACAGGACGAGGAGGACCGUGUGCUCAUCCACUUCAACGUACGCGACAUAAAGAUCGGCCAAGAGUGCCAUGACGUGCAGCCCCCAGAGGGCCGGAGCAGAGAUGGCCUAUUGACAGUGAACCUACGGGAAGGUUCCCGCCUGCACCUUUGCGCAGAGACCCGGGAUGAUGCCAUAGCAUGGAAGACAGCGCUGCUGGAGGCAAGCUCCACCCCGGCCCCAGCUGGAGCCACCGUCCCUCCUAGGAGCCGCCGGGUUUGCCCCAAGGUCAGGUGUGUGUCCUGCUCAUGGAACCCCUGUAAGGUUGAAAGGCGGAUCUGGGUGCGCGUCUACAGUCCAUACCAGGAUUACUACGAGGUGGUGCCCCCCAAUGCACACGAGGCUACAUACGUCCGCAGCUACUACGGACCACCCUAUGCAGGCCCCGGCGUGACACAUGUGAUAGUGCGAGAGGAUCCCUGCUACAGCUCAGGCGCCCCGCUGGCCAUGGGCAUGCUGGCGGGAGCCGCCACUGGCGCGGCACUCGGCUCGCUUAUGUGGUCGCCCUGCUGGUUCUGAGCCCUGGGACUAGGAGCACUGGACCCCGCACAUAGACUGCUAGAAUCCUCUUCCUCCUGGACCCUACCCUUUGCCCUCUACCCUCCAUCCAAGCCCUGUCUCAUUUUGGCCCUUCUCUCUCAUUAGAUCUUUCUGGGCUUGGACUAUUCCUCCCACUAUUCCUACCCUCACUCCCACCCCAGAAGAAGCUAUGAUCCCAGGCACAAACAUCGGUCAAAAUCUUCAUAUCUCCUGCUUGACACCCCAGAAAUCUGAAAAAGAAAAUAUAGAUAAAUUUUCUUCAAACACACUAGGGCACAGCAAAUACAACUUCAUUUGGCUUCAAGUUCCCCAGGCACUGGAGACAUAACAUGAGUUGGGUUGCCUGUUCUGUCCCCAGGGAGCUGCAGGCCUAGUGGGAAAAAUAGGAGUAAACAAACACUUAACAAAACUGCAGAGUUAUUAGUCCUUUGACAAAGACCCACGGAGACAGGGAAUGAGGCAGGUAGGCUGGGACUACGGUUAUUGGCAAGUCUACAGACGUGUGAAUGUCAUGGUAUGUGCAAGAAAUUACAGAGGAGUUUAUUUGGGCUAGGGAGGAGGCAGGGAACAUAUUGUGGGGGGGUCCUAGCCUAAGGAGCUUGCUGGGCGGGUAAAGGGGAGAAGUGAACUUUCUAUGAAGGGAAGUUUCAUGGUUGUGCCUAUAAGGAAUAUAUUGCCUGUUUUAAUACUAACACAUGCCCAUCCCCAAAACACCCCAUCCUUCCCACUAGCAGCUUCUUUGGCCUCCUAUUACCCAUGACAAUUGAGCUGAAAAUGGCAGCUCCUGGUUGGGGGAUAGGUGAGUUGUGUUUGACACUGCCAGCCCUAGGAAGUUGCCUCCAUUAGAAAUUGCCUUUCUGAUCCCAGGAGCUCCGCCCUAUUCCUAGCUGUCCUCAUCUCAAGGCUUUAUCUCUUCCUUAUGUAGGGAAGAUGGCAGUGUUCCUUUCUGGGGCCUGAUCUACCCUGUACUAGCCUGGGAAGCCCCACAUAUACCUGCCUUCAUGUGGCCAUGCAGUUUCCCUGUUUGGUCUUCCCGUCUCUUCCUCCAUCCUAUCCUAAUCACCAGUAGAAAUGCUAACACCACUGCCCAGCAGCCAGAGUAGUGCACUAAAGUUCCCCUGCAAAUGGGGGCUCCAUUGGUUCUACUGCAGAGACUAAUAAAAUG